AUGGGUCCUCAUGCUACAGAUACUGAUGACCAGGCGAAUGGACCGACGCCAUACUCUUCCUCGCUGAAGCGGCUCAGCGCUCCACCUGUGUCCCCGCGGCUUCGCGUGCGGCCCUGGUGGUUCCCGGCGCACGAACUCAGGGAUCCUCUGGUGUUCUACAUGGAGGCCUGGGUAGCAGAAAUGAUCUUUGGCCCCAAUCAAGUCUUAAUCCCAGAAAUAGAGUGGUUAAGCCAGGCUUUGCUGAGAGUGGACAUUGUCGACCCUGGGAACGUAGCUGAAAUCACCAUCUAUGGACGACCCUGUGUGAAGAGUCGAAUGAGAAAUAUUAUCUUGCACCUGGCAGCUUGCCAUGAAGAAGACCAUGUCCAAAGAGCUACAAAGAUGAAACAGCUUGAGGAAUUUUUGAAGACCCAUUCCCCAAACUCAAGAGACCAGGCAAGAGGCACUUGCUGACUGAGAGGCAGACCAGCUUUCCGUGGAGGUGAAGAGAAACAGUUUCUUAAAAUCUCCUCAUUUGUUUCCUGCCUUUGUGGAUGGAUACCUGUUUGUUUUCAUUUCUCCAAGUAGCAAUUUGUAGAAUUGUUCAAAUAUAGAAAUGACUUUUUUGGCCUGUUAUUUUUACCACACACAAUAAAGCAAACUUAAACACACAAUAAAGC